AUGUCAUAUAAGAAGAAAAUUGUUGUAAAGUCCGAUAGUAAAAAUAACGUACUUAUUGCGACUACUCUCACUUACAACAGGAACUUUUUUCAGAAAUAUCCUUCGAUUUUAAGUAGAAUUAGAAGUCAUAGACGACAGGAGUCAAAUAAACCAAUAGAAGUUAUUCCGUCUGUAAACUAUGCUACUUUUUCGUACACAAAUGUGACAUACAAACACGCAACGAGUCCGGUGUGUGACCCGGACCUUAACUUGCUGUACUGGGUGGAUGCACUCAACCAAAACGUGCAUGCUCUUGACUGGAACACUGGAAAACAAAUUAAACGGCAUAUCGACUAUGGCGAAGUUAAUUUUAUCGUACCGAUCCAGAAUAGUAACAGAGUUCUGCUUGGCGUCAAAUCAGAGUUAUAUCUUCUUGACUGGGAAGUCGAAGGUAGCGCUGGGCUGCGACUCGUAACACUGGUGGACCAGGGGCAACCUGACAACACACUCAAUGAGGGAAAGGCGGACGCGCUCGGUAGACUGUGGGCUGGUACCAAGGGAGCACAAUCUGGGAAUAUGGUGGUGCCCGACAACGGCGCCCUGUACAAGUUCGAGCAGCCAGACUUCUUCCCGCACGUGGUUCUGAAGCCCGUCUCCAUCUCCAACGCCCUGGCGUGGUCACUGAACAACUCCGUACUAUACUAUAUAGACUCGGCAACUAAGAAGAUUGAGGCCUUCGACUUUGACUUGGAAAGGGGUCAUAUAAGCAAGCGUCGCACUAUAUUUGACAUUACAGAAUAUGGAUAUGAAAAAGCUACACCCGAUGGCAUGACUAUAGAUAAAGAUGGAAUGCUUUGGGUGGCUUUGAUGUUUGGAGGGUCGGUUAUACGAGUCGAUCCAAACGCAAAGCGAAUAAUCGAACUAUAUGAGUUACCAGUUACUGGCGUGAGUUCCGUAGGUUGGGCAGGUCCCGACUUGGACCAGCUCAUUGUGACCACCUCCCGAAGGAACAUGGAUCAGGAAUUCUCAUCCCACGAGCCGCUAGCAGGUUCCCUUUUUAUACUAACAAAUACAGGAACUGCGGGAGUACCCAGCUUUAAAGUGGCUUUCGAAAAUGCUGACGAGUAUCGGUAGUCUAGGAUUAUAUAAGUAUGUAUGUUAAAGUGAACAUUGGUAUUUACUGGGAUUUCUUGGGAUAUGAAUAAAAAUGUAGCCUCCAAAGUUUGUAUCACAGAGUGUGAGGAUAGGAUUUUUGUUAUGAAAUUCGUUUAAUUGGACUGUUGUAAAAUAAAUUUUGUAUGGAAAUAAAAAAGAAAAUUUUCUGAAAUAAUUUAUUAGAGGACAAGAAU